AUGGCACGUCCAACUAUUCACAAAACGGUGCAAGAAAGAAAGGAGGCUGCACGAGAAAAGCACAGACGCUACUAUGCCAAAGACCAAAUCUUACAAUGGCGGAGGGAGCAUGGUGUAAAGAAACGUGACAAGGAAGCAGAGGCGAUAUCAAAAGAGAUCUCGAGAGCUGUGGCGAAAGGAUUGCGUGGCUGUGAGGAUGAUGACGAGUCUGAAUCAGCGUCUGAAUCAGACUCUGACAAUUCCAGUGACGAUGAUGAAACUGACACACUAUCCAAUCUUCCGGCAUGCUUACUCGCCAUCAAAGUCGCCAAGGACGACAUGCUCACAUUAAUCAGUGCCGACCCCUGCGAGUUCGCCAAGGGAAAGUUUGGCGAGUACGUCAAGAGCAUCCCAGAUGAUUGCAGUACAAAGGGUGAUAUCUCUAUCAUCGUGAACUCAAUCGGCGAGAUUGAAAAACUACUCAAGCGUGUGAUUCGUGCACAAGACAAGAUCCUGAAUUUCUGUGGUAUCUCACCUGAGUGGCAUGCCGCUGACACAGUCUCUCGAUUCUUGAAGACCACAGCCGCAUACUUGGAGGACAUUCAGCUUCUUGAAAUGUCCGGAGGAAUUGUGGAGCUUACAGUGGCACAAUGGUUGGGGGAACUAAUGUAUCAGAAGGACAUCAGGAUUUGA